AUGGCGUUGGCUCUGUGCGAAGCUUCGUUUACAUGGAAGACAAGCAGAUCACCGUCUUCGAUUAUCUCAGUCCGCGCAUUUGAUGCGGAUACUGAAGAAAAUCUCGAAAAUUAUAACUUCCAGAAGGACAACUUUGUAUGUCUUGUUCAAGAUAAAGGAGAUGUUCAAAAUGACAGAUGUAUUCUUCGCCUUAGUUGUCGAGACCAUAAUUUCACACUUAUAAAUGGGAUUACAAUCAUCAGUGAGUCACGAACAUUAGAGGUCAGCAAUGAUACAGACGGGUAUAUUUCAACGAUCAGAGGCCAAAAAAUUAAUGGUGACUCUGCAAACAGUGAUAGCUAUUUAUAUGUGUGUAAAAGUAAUUUUGAGGAGAGCUAUGCAGAUUUACAUGUCAAGUUUUUAUCACUUGGUGAACGAACAUCAUUUAAUGUUCAUUUAGUCGAGAUUAGUACUGUACAGCAAACAGAAAACAAUUUGGUGCAUACAGGAGAUUCUCUAAACAUAACUAAGCUAAAGAAGGAUGUGGAUGCUAUGGGAGGUGCUGUGUCUGAUCGUGCCAAAGACUUCUUGGCCACGUUGAUGCAGUUUAAGCAGAACAAAAUGAAGAAUUUUGAAGAGCUGAUGGUUUGCCAGCAACAGGACAAAGAGCAACCACAUUUUCCCCUGGGUCAAGGUUAUACCGCCAUCAUGAGUAGUAUGUUACAGACGGGAGCACUAAAGUCUCUGUUUGGAGCACCAAAUCCUGAGAGCAGAAGUAGUGAUAAUAGAAGUCCAGACAUGUACUCCAUGCUGCAGGCAGUGUGUAGCUCAGUCACAAGCAUGAGAGCUGCAGAAUCAUCCAGAGAGUUGGACAGUUUUAGUGUAUCUGCUUCACCUGACUCUGGGUUAAACAGCACAACACAUGAUACCGAAGAAGACAAACUCAACCUUCCAGCGGAGGAAAUUAUGGUCUUUGUGGAACAGAAAAUUAACCAUGCUAAGGCAGAGCUUCAGGCAGAAAUUGUUGAACUGAAAAGGGAAAUCACUAGUCAGAUUAGUACAGUAACAGCUGAAAUGAAUGAUAAAUUUGAGAAGAUUAUGUGUUUUUUAAGGGAGAUUCACGGAAAGAAAGAAGAAUCACCUCCAAAAAAUAAGACUUAUCAAGAUUAUUUAUGA